GGAAUAUCUGAGUGGUUCUGUGUGGCGGGUUCGGAUCUAUAUUUUGGUGAAUAUAGAUUCAUGAAACCGAAUUAUUAAUUUGUUUAUUUUAAAUAUUCAAGGAAAAAAAAAGUUUGUUUGUGUGAUGGCUUCAGCACAAAUUUAUCGUUUUCAACAACGUAUCACCAAUCUUCAAUUACAUCAUGAACUUGCAUCAGUACGACAUUGUGAAGCAGUUAGUAAUUAUAUUAAUCAAAAUAAUGAAUUAAUGAAUGCAUUGAUGGCUCAUUUAAAAGCACCAGAUAAAGGUAUGAAAAGAACAAAACGACUAACAAAACCUCGAACAACAACAACACCACAUACUACACAGUUAGCUAAAUCUGCACGUUUCACUGGCAAAUCAUAUGCUACACAAUCGUCCCAUGUUGAACAGUUGACUACAACACACCAUCAUCAUCAGCAUCAUCAACAGCAACAUCAUUCACUGGGCAAAAAGACAGAUUUUGUCAAUCAACAAUGUUUACCUGAAGAUGCAUGGAAUAAUAACAGCAGUAACAACACCAACAACAACUACCACCACUACUCCUACUACACAACAACACCAGUGAUUCAUAAUGAUGAUCAUUUCACGUGUAAUUCCAAAGAACCAAUAUUUCCACCGCCGACAUAUUUGGAAUCAAGUUUCAAUUGUGAAUCAAAUAGACUUGAUAAUACUGCUGAUGAUAAUAAUUGUUUAUGGAAAGAUAUAUGGCAUGAAAAUCCUAGGAAUACAGGGAGUAAUAGUAGUAGUAGUAGUAAUAGUAGUAGUAACAAUCCUAAUGUUUUCUUUCAAAAGAAUCAUGCAUCAAGAACACCACAAACAAAUUACACUUUAUGUGAUAAAUUAUUUCCACCUAAUGAUGAUAAUCAUGAUGACGGUACACAAUCUUUUAUGUAUAAUAACAACAACAUUGAUGCUCAAGAGAAACACCACCACCAACAACCACAGUAUUGUUGGAGUCGUGAUAAUGUAUCACUUGAUGAUCAUAGUAAACAACACACCUUGAAUCGCAGCAUUCUUCCUGAUUAUCAUUUGCCAGUCAUUACACAACAACAACAACAGCAAUCAUCAUCAUCGGAUUCUUAUUGGUUGAAACAAUCCACUUCUUAUACUGAUGAACUGAAAAGCCCAAUUAUUCCAUUCAAUAGAAAUGAGUAUUUUCAUUAUAGUGAACCAUUAUUAUGCGCUGUACAAAAUAACAUUGAUUCUAAGCAUGGAAAUUCUGUACCAAUAAGUCAAAUGACCAAUAAUAAUCAUGAUAAUCAUUAUUCAACAGAAUUUUCCACAUUCAAUUCCAGUUACGAAUUGACUGGAUUGUCAAAAAGUCAUAUUAAUCCAAUACUCGCAUCUACUUAUCCAUCGAACGGAUCCGGUGGACAUACCAGUCGAUCAACAAUGUUCUUCAAUACGGAUCAAUCUUUAAAGCCAUAUUAUGAUUGUCAGUCUUAUCAUCCAUCCGGAAGUAAUGGCGACAACAAUGUUAGUAGUAGUAGUAGUAGUAAUAAUAAUAAUGAUAACAGAAGCACCAGUAAUUAUUGUAUUUAUCAAACAAAUCGACCUUAGGACACACACUACAUUCAUUUAGCUUAAAGCAUGCAAUUGAUCACGUCUGGUUUGCUUAUUGAACUUUAUUUAUUGAUAUACACUUGUAUUAUAUAUAUCUUUAUAAUAUACUUUCGGAUUCUUUCCUGUUUUGAAAAAAAAACAUAUUUUCCUUGGUGGUUAUUGUAAUUUUUUCUUGCCCCGUUUUCUUUGAAUAUUUAACUUCUGAUCAGUCAGUCAUAUAUUGAAAUAAAACUUGAUCAAGAGUGAAUUUUGUGAUAUUUUUAUUUAUAAUUAAGUUAAGACAAUAUAAACAAAAGAAAUUGUAGUUGACUGUAACAAUUCAUUCAUUGUGUUGAACAACUCAUCAAUAAUAAUAUCUUUUUUGUUUUUGCAUAAACUUUAACUUUGGUAUUUUGUCGACUGUGUAAUAUAUACACAUAUAUAUGUAUACAUAGUCAGAAUGUACAGUUUUAUUCAAAAUGGCGCGUACACAUAUAUAAUAUUUGAAUAAUUCAACUGUUUUUUUUUAAAAAAAAGCAGCACAAUGAAAUCAUGAGACGAAUUUGUCUUGUUUUCUUUUUUUUCACUACGUAUUUGUUUACUUGUGUAAUUUUAAAUAAAACAAAAAGCAUCAUUUG